AUGAAGUCUUCAAAAGCGCUUUUAUCGACUUCACUGUUCGCCGGUCUUUUCUGGCACAUGAAUUACUGCGACGGUUUCCAGGCCAGGGAAACAUCACAUCCAAGAAUCCAAGGCCGUACGUCUCCAUCCGUAACACCUAUCACAGUUGCUCCUCAGACUGUAAAGGCCAAUGGAUCGUUCUCCACUGUAUAUCUUUCGUACUCAGUCGUCACACAAAAUUCGGCUGCCACAGAAGUAAUCGAUGGGACAACUACUAUUUUACCCCUGUGGUAUUGUGAUCCAAAUCUCAGUGCUCCUGCCUGCGAAGAUUGCCCAUCAACCACCGCCUCGGCUGACUCUUCUUGUCCCACUGACUUCAACAUGAUACUACUCCUUCCGGCUGUCGCUGUUGUUGGAGCGUUCAUCCCCCCUCCAGACGGUCUUCCAACAAUUACGAUUGGAUCCGACGGGGUUGCUACGCCUGAAACGACACCGUCACCAACUGAAAUCUCACCGAGUAUGCUUCCGUCGGAUACCUCUGAACCUCUGAUAACUAUAGUUCCGCCCUGCACAGUACCACCUAUGAAAGCUUCCAAUGUAGCUUUGUCCAUCAUUCCAACGCCUUCAGUCUGGAUACCACCGACGGGGUCAUAUGCACCUGCUCCGACUGAUGCACUUCCUGUCCUCCCGGUUACUGUCAAUGAAGCAGCACCUACAGCAUGGCUUGGAUGUGGUGCGGGGGUGGCAAACCCAUACAGCCCGGGAGGUUUUUAUCAAUUCAGCGACUCUUUCAGUCGAAACGACGGCCUCUACGCCAUAGAUGCCUUCUGCAACGAGCAAAUAGCAGCUAACUUACUCAUUAGUCCUUCAGGAGAGACAGUUUCCGGCAUGCCCAAGCCUGCUAUCUCAGCAUUCUCAAAGACAUACUUAACACCUGGUGGAAGUGGGAAAGUCAUAGUGGUGAUCGACAGCGAUGUUGAUAACAAGAAUACUGCAGGACAAACCUGCCCCGAUAAAUGGACUUAUUCUUUUGCGCAAUAUGCUCAAUGCAGGCAGUACUUUGGACAAACAAUCGACUACUGUGAUACUGGCACAACACUUGCAAACUCCGAUAUCACUUGGUAA